UCCAGCUCGCCUCCGCCCAGGCCCAGCUCCGUCAUUCCAAUACACACCAAGCGAGACCAAGGCCAAACAAGACACCCGCCAAGCGAGAUGGUGGCGGGGAUCGCGGUGGCGUCGGCGGGGCUCGGGAUGCUGGCGGGGGUGGCGAUGGCCAGCAGGCCGUCUGCCGACAGCAGCACCACCGCGAAGCCGUGGAGGCACGCGUCGUCUUCGUCGGCGCCGAGGUGCGCGACGUGCGGCGGGACAGGAAAGGAGGAGUGCCGCCUGUGCGCGCGCUGGUCCGACGCGGGAGCCAGGGGUGGGGCCGACCGCUCCGGGUGCGGGGCAUGCGCGGGCACGCGACGGACGCCGUGCCGGAGCUGCGGGGGCAGCGGGACCGGGCGUCGCGCGCCCGUGCGGAUCGCCGCAGCCAGGAAAAUGGCGCCGCUUCCGAUCGUGCGGAACAGAUGAGUCCUUUCUUUCCACCGCGGCGCCGCCUCGGCUCGGAGCGACCGCGACCGCCAGACGGAUGAAGGCGCUGCGACGACCUGCCCCGGAGCAUUGGAGUCACGGCGUCGAAUUCUUUCCCUUUUUUUUGCUGAAAAAAGAAGAGAUUUUGUAACAUAUGCUACUAGAUUAGCGAGUUGAUUAAUAUAUAUUGCAUAGUAAACUUGA